AUGUUGGAAUCAUUUGGAGAAGCUCACAUGACAGGUCUUGGAUCAGGGAUUUUAAUAAUUGAAACAGAUAAUGUUCAUCAGGCAUCCCACCAUCUGAGAAUUUUAGCAACAAAGAAGUCACAUAUGCUGGGCGCUUUGUUGGAGCUAUGGAGGGCGUCGUCCGUGCAGGCGUAUACUGUGUCGUUUGUUUGGGGUUUGACCAGUGAAGAGGUGGUUCAGAAGAUGACUGGACUCAAAGUACCCCCCUCUCAUUCCCACAGUAAUGAUACCUUCUAUAUCCCAGACUGGGAAAGCAGAGCUCCAGACUCCAUUGACUAUCGAAAGAAAGGAUAUGUUACUCCUGUCAAGAACCAGGGUCAGUGUGGUUCCUGUUGGGCUUUUAGCUCUGUGGGUGCCCUGGAGGGCCAACUCAAGAAGAAAACUGGCAAACUCUUAAAUCUGAGUCCACAGAACCUGGUGGACUGUGUUUCUGAGAAUGAUGGCUGCGGAGGGGGCUACAUGACCAAUGCCUUCCAGUAUGUGCAGAAGAACCGGGGCAUUGACUCUGAAGAUGCCUACCCAUAUGUGGGACAGGAUGAAAGUUGUAUGUACAACCCAACAGGCAAGGCUGCUAAGUGCAGAGGGUACAGAGAGAUCCCUGUGGGGAAUGAGAAGGCCCUGAAGAGGGCAGUGGCCCGAGUGGGACCCGUCUCUGUGGCCAUCGAUGCAAGCCUGACCUCCUUUCAGUUUUACAGCAAAGGUGUGUACUAUGAUGAAAACUGUAAUAGCGAUAAUCUGAACCAUGCGGUGUUGGCAGUGGGCUAUGGCAUCCAGAAAGGAAACAAGCACUGGAUCAUUAAAAACAGCUGGGGAGAAAACUGGGGAAACAAAGGCUAUAUCCUCAUGGCUCGGAAUAAGAACAACGCUUGUGGCAUUGCCAACCUGGCCAGCUUCCCCAAGAUGUGACUUCAGCCAGCCAACCUCAUCCUGCUUUUCCAUUCCUUCCACGAUGGUGCGACAUACUAAUGUACUUUGCAAGGGAGUCGGUGUGCUUUUCUUGAAGCAGAUGUAGCAAUGUAGAGAUUGUCCAUUCAGUUUCCCCAUUUGUGCUUCAAGUGACACCCCUACUACUUUCCUUCUCUCCACCCAAGGCCUUUAUUUUUCACUGUGGCCGCAGUAGGAAUUUCCCUAACAGGUGUGCAUUCUUAGGCUAGGAGGUGUGACACAGCCUGCGGACUGUUGUCCUGUGGACUGUUGUCCUGUGGACUGUUGUCCUGCAGACUGUUGUCCUGCGGGCUGAUGCUGUGCAAAAUCAGAGGCUAGAGAUCUUCAGGUAGAUUCUCAUUCACAGUGACUAGUUAGCUUUAACCACCUAGAGGAAUAAGGUGACCUGACCUCUCAGUCUCCAAGUUCACUUCUUCUAUAUCCUGAAGAUAGAAAUUUCUAUGUUUUCCAUCCCAGUUCAUAAAUCUGUCCAUAGAUCUUUGGUACAAGUUUAUUUGAUACAAGAAAUGUGUUUUCUUUUUCCUUCUUUGCAUUUUUAAAGUAAACCAAGUAUUUAUCUCUUGUCUCUAAUUUAAUAAAUACCUAUUUAGUAAACAUUCA